UUUGCUACUCUCGUAUUGGCUGCCUGGGCCUUCCUGGCUGGCACAGGCCUCCUGCACCUGCCAACCCAAGGCUUUGCCUGGGACCUGCCACUGGCAGGAGGUGAGGGUUCUGCUGCCCACAUGCUCACCUGCCCAGCCGUGGUAUUGGUUCUCCUCCCUGCCCUGGCCAGUCUUCCGAGAUAACCCAGUUCCCGAGCCCCCACUCGGGUCUCCACCUCUUGUUUCUUGAUGCCUCACUGAUCCCCUCUUCAGAUAAUGUCCAGACUGGGGCCCUCAAAAGGUUCCCAGUAAGGCCCAGCACCGGUGACAUGUUACAUCUUUGGGGACAACAGACGAGAGUACAAGGGGACAAAGAUGUAGGACAGUAGGUGUGUGGCCUGUGAUGUCUGGGCAGAACUCUGAGGGUGCCAGACCUCGGGUGGGAGGCGGCCUUAUCCGGGGAGUGCCUUCUGCUGGCCUCACACAUGGACUGACGCUUAGAAGGAACAUGGCUGCAAGCCAAGGAGAACCCGUAGCGCCUCCAGUUUCUUGGAAAUUGUGCAUUUUUGCUGUUCCGUGCCUCAGUUUCCUCCUUCAUGCAAUGGGACUAAUAACAAUUCCUGUCUCCUGAGGCCAAGGAGAUGAUGUCCAUGUUGCACCCAGAAAGAGUUCUGCACGGUAGGCAUUGUUCUCGACAACUGUCAGCCCUGGUGGCAUUUGGUGCCAGGGUAGCAUCAUGCUGACUUGGGUCCUGCCCAGUCUCUCUGGCCUCACAGCUGGGACCUCACCCAGUUCUCGUAGAAGUAACUCUUUAACACUGGCUGAGCCAAUCACCCCAUGCCUCCUCUGCCUUUUGGGGGGCACUGGCUCCUGUAGGGGAGUACACAGGCUGGAUGUUUCUGGGACACCCUCGCCACUCCGCCCACUAGCCCUGGGCCUAAAAUGACCCUCCCCCAGAGGCGUUAUUAAUAGCUGGGCGGCUCAGAUCACAGGGCAAGAAUGUUACCCAGCAGCUCGUGGGGGAAGAGGAAGCCUCGGUGCCGGCGGCUGGGGUGGAUGCGUGAUGCCCGAGGCAAUAUGUGGGCCAGGCAGGAGGGCCUUCACCACCCCCACCCUCACCCCCAUGCUAUCAUUCGCUGCCCGUCCUCCUCCUCCUCCUCUGUGUCCUCUGUGUCCUGCUCAGGUGACUCGGAAGAGGAAGAUAUGGGGCUCCUGGAGGUUGGUGUGACAGACUUCAAACCUCCAGCACCAGAGCUGGGCCCCAUGCCGGAUGGCUUGAGUCCUCAGCAGGUGGUCCGGAGACACAUCUUGGGCUCCAUCGUGCAGAGUGAAGGCAGCUAUGUGGAGUCGCUGAAACGGAUACUCCAGGAUUACCGUAACCCACUCAUGGAGAUGGAACCCAAGGCCCUGAGCGUCCGCAAGUGUCAGGUGGUCUUCUUCCGCGUUAAGGAGAUUCUGCACUGUCACUCCAUGUUCCAGAUCGCCCUGUCCUCCCGUGUGGCCGAAUGGGACUCCACUGAGAAGAUUGGGGACCUCUUUGUGGCCUCAUUCUCCAAGUCCAUGGUCCUAGAUGUCUACAGCGACUAUGUGAACAACUUCACCAACGCCAUGUCCAUCAUCAAGAAGGCCUGUCUCACCAAGCCAACUUUCCUCGAGUUCCUCAAGCGGCGGCAGGUAUGCAGUGCGGACCGAGUCACCCUCUACGGGCUGAUGGUGAAACCUGUUCAGAGAUUUCCGCAGUUCAUCCUCCUGCUCCAGGACAUGCUGAAGAACACUCCUCGAGGCCACCCUGACAGGCUGUCGCUGCAGCUAGCCCUCACGGAGCUGGAGACGCUGGCUGAGAAGCUGAAUGAACAGAAGCGGCUGGCCGACCAGGUGGCAGAGAUCCAGCAGCUGACCAAGAGCGUCAGUGACCGCAGCAGCCUCAACAAGCUGUUGACCUCUGGCCAGCGGCAGCUGCUUCUGUGUGAGACCCUGACUGAGACGGUGUAUGGAGACCGUGGGCAGCUGAUCAAGUCCAAGGAACGCAGGGUCUUCCUACUCAAUGACAUGCUGGUCUGUGCCAACAUCAACUUCAAGCCCUCCAAUCACAGGGGCCAGCUAGAGAUCAGCAGCCUGGUGCCUCUGGGGCCCAAGUACGUGGUGAAGUGGAACACAGCGCUGCCCCAGGUGCAGGUCGUGGAAGUGGGUCAGGACGGCGGUGCCUACGACAAGGACAAUCUGCUCAUCCAGCAUGCUGGUGCCAAGAAGGCCACGGCUGCAGGGCAGGCCCAGAACAAGGUGUACCUGGGCCCGCCGCGCCUCUUCCAGGAGCUACAGGACCUGCAGAAGGACUUGGCAGUGGUGGAGCAGAUCACCCUGCUUGUCAGCACCCUGCAUGGCACUUACCAGAAUCUGAACACGACUGUGGCCCAAGACUGGUGCCUGGCCCUGCAGCGACUGAUGCGAGUGAAGGAGGAGGAGAUCCACUCUGCCAACAAGUGCCGCCUGAGGCUGCUGCUGCCCGGGAAGCCUGACAAGUCUGGCCGUCCCAUCAGCUUCAUGGUGGUUUUCAUCACACCGAACCCCCUGAGCAAGAUUUCCUGGGUCAACAGGUUACACCUGGCGAAGAUUGGACUCAGGGAGGAGAACCAGCCAGGAUGGCUGUGUCCCGAUGAGGACAGGAAAACCAAAGCCCCGUUCUGGUGCCCCACCCUGGCCUGCUGCGUCCCUGCCUUCUCCUCCCGGGCCCUCAGCCUGCAGCUUGGGGGUCUGGUCCACAGUCCUGUCAACUGUCCCCUGCUGGGCUUCUCGGCUGUCAGCACUUCCCUUCCACAGGGCUACCUCUGGGUCGGAGGUGGGCAGGAGGGUGCGGGUGGCCAGGUGGAGAUCUUCUCCCUGAACCGGCCUUCGCCGCGCACCGUCAAGUCCUUCCCGCUGGCAGCCCCCGUGCUCUGCAUAGAGUACAUUCCGGAUCCGGAGGAGGAGGCGGCUGAGGGUGCGGAGGAGAGCCGGGUGGCUGCUGAUCCCUCAGCUGCAGUGCAUCCCACCGUCUGCCUCGGGCUGCAAGAUGGCAGCAUCCUGCUCUACGGCAGUGUGGACACUGGUACCCAGUGCUUGGCAACCUGCAAGAGCCCAGGCCCUCAGCCCGUGCUCUGCCUGCGGCACAGUCCCUUCUACCUGCUUGCCGGCCUACAGGACGGGACGCUCGCUGCCUAUCCUCGGACCAGUGGUGGAAUUCCCUGGGACCUGGAGAGCCCUCCCAUGUGCUUGACUGUGGGCCCAGGGCCCAUUCGCACACUGCUGAGCCUGGAGGAUGCCGCAUGGGCCAGCUGUGGCCCGCGGGUCACUGUACUGGACGCUGCCACUCUGCAGACUCAGCAAAGCUUCGAGGCACACCAGGAUGAGGCGGUGAGUGUAACGCACAUGGUGAAAGCGGGCAGCGGUGUCUGGAUGGCCUUCUCUUCUGGCUCCUCCAUCCGCCUCUUCCACACUGAGACCCUGGAGCAUCUUCAAGAGAUCAACAUCGCCACCAGGACCACCUUCCUCCUGCCAGGCCAGAAGCACCUGUGUGUCACCAGCCUCCUCAUCUGCCAGGGUCUGCUCUGGGUAGGCACUGACCAGGGUGUCAUUGUCCUGUUGCCUGUGCCCCGGCUGGAGGGCAUCCCCAAGAUCACAGGGAAAGGCAUGGUGUCUCUCAAUGGUCACUGUGGACCUGUGGCCUUCCUGGCUGUGGCCAUGAGCAUCUUGGCCCCUGACAUCCUGCGGAGUGACCAGGAAGAGGCUGAGGGGCCUCAGGCUGAGGAGGACAAGCCAGAUGGACAGGCUCAUGAGCCAGUGCCUGCACCUGAUAGCCACACAGGCCGAGAGCUGAGCCGCAAGAAAGGCAUCCUGCUUCAAUACCGCCUGCGCUCCACGGCCCACCUCCCCGGGCCCGUGCUGUCCGUGCGGGAGCCGGCACCCCCUGAUGGCUCAGCUCUGGAGCACAGUGAGGAGGAUGGCUCCAUCUACGAGAUGGCCGAUGACCCUGAUGUCUGGGUACGCAGCCGGCCCUGUGCCCGUGAUGCCCACCGCAAGGAGAUCUGUUCUGUGGCCAUUAUCUCCGGUGGGCAAGGUUACCGACACUUCGGCAGUGCUCCAGGCGGCCUGAGUGGGCGGCCGGCCCCGUGCAGCGAGACAGACAGUACACUUCUUAUCUGGCAGGUGCCCUUGGCUCUAUAGCUACCCACCCUGUCUGUCUGGAGAUCGUCACAGGGCAGCUGGACCGCUGGAGACAUGCUGGGACCUUUUUUGGCCCACCUGGAUUCCCCCCCCCCCCCCCCCAGGGACUUGCACAGGCCACAAGACGGGCCUGGAUUCUCCACUGAGGCCUUGAAGAGCAGAGGGAAACCUUUGAAAACAAAAAUUCAGAAUGUUUUGGGGAGGGGUUUUAGGGUCAUGGGGUAUGGAAGGACACACUUGGAGAAUAUGGCCUUUUUGUUUUGUUUUGGUUUGGAAGCAAAAAACAUAAAACCUCACCACUGCCUGCUAAACCCAGAACCUUUUGUUGGGGCUGAGUGAGGCUCGGAGGUGGCCGUGCCCCUCCAGGAAGGAUGUAUGUGUGAGUGUCUGAGCAUGUGGGCUGGCGUGUGAAUAUAUAUAUGAAUACGUAUAUACGAUGUAUAUUAUAUGUGUAUAAAUACAAUCUGUACAUAAUGGGUCUCUGGGAGAUGCUGGAAUAAAAGGCAAGAGAUAUGUGG